UGCCCCAUCAUUGGUGUCAGUGGGAGGAAUAGUGCCCCAUCACUGGUGUCAGUGGGAGGAAUAGUGCCCCAUCACUGGUGUCAUUGGAGGAAUAGUGCCCCAUCACUGGUGUCAGUGGGAGGAAUAGUGCCCCAUCACUGGUGUCAGUGGGAGGAAUAGUGCCCCAUCACUGGUGUCAGUGGGAGGAAUAGUGCCCCAUCAUUGGUGUCAGUGUGGUGGAGGGGAGAAUAGUGCCCCAUCGUUGGGGUCAGGGGGGGGGAAAUAGUG